AGUUCUUGUUGGGUAAAUGAACUAAAUGAUAUAAGUAACAUGAACAAUGACAAAUGUUCAAAUAUGAACAACACAUUUGUAAACAAGAAUAAUAUGUAUUUUGAUGAGACUCUUAAUUAUAAUAGUAAUAUGGUAGAUUGUGGAAUGAAUUUUGAUAUGCUUGAUAAUAAUGCAUAUAAAGUUGUGGAAUUUUGUUUUACUGAUUAUGAAUAA